AUGGCGACCGAGGAAGCGGGCAUUCCGCCCUCUGGCAGAAACAACGACAUGGGAACAAACAGUCAUUCCCACAGAGAGGAUGCUAACGACACUAUAAACGUCUCCGGGCAAGGAGCGUCUGACUCUCCACCCUCGAAACCGAACAAAGAAGACAUCGGAGCGCAAAAUUUAACCCUGACGACGACAAGCAUCAGUGCCCAGAAACCAUAUUCAGCAUUUUCGAACCGUACCAAAUGGGGCAUCGUGACCAUGACCGCCAUGGCAACCUUCUUCUCCCCCUUGUCCGGUCAGAUCUACUACCCUGUCCUCCCCAUCCUGACAAGGACAUAUCAUCUGUCGUCAGGUCUGAUCAACGUCUCCAUCACCACGUACAUGAUUUUCCAGGGCCUCACGCCCAGCUUCAUGGGCACCUUCUCCGACGCCAGCGGUCGGCGGCUGGGCUAUAUUCUCGCCUUCACCAUAUACACGGCUGCGAACAUUGGGCUGGCGCUGCAGGACAGCUACGCCGCCUUGCUCGUCCUGCGGUGUCUGCAGAGCGCGGGCAGUAGUGGCACAGUCGCGUUCGGAUACGGCGUCGUUGCUGAUAUCGUCACCACGGCAGAGCGAGGGAAGUUCAUCGGUCCCAUGGCGGCCGGUGCCUUGACAGCGCCAGCCCUCGGACCGACCAUCGGUGGGCUGUUGACCCAAUUCCUGGGCUGGAGAGCGGUCUUCUGGUUCCUCACCAUCAUCAGCGGCGGAUACCUGGUGGCGUACAUCAUCUUCAUGCCCGAAACACACCGCAAGAUUGUGGACGAUGGAAGCAUCGUGCCGUACCAAUGGUGGCGCCAGUCCGUCCUGCAAUAUAUGUCCAACCGGCGGCGGCUGAAGAGAAUGAGUGCCGAAGAGAGGCACGACUACGAGAAAACGCAGCAGGCCCUGGCAGAGCGGCAGCGAGACACCAGGAUCCGAUUCCCCAAUCCGCUUGGGUCCUUUAUCAUUCUGACAAACCCCGACGCAUUCUGUCUCAUUUUGUACACCGGAGUCAUGAUGUUCAGCAACCUGGUUCUGAUGACGAGUACGCCGACCGUGUUCCCCAGGCUAUACGGACUCAACGAGCUAGAGGUGGGGUUGUGCUUCCUACCUCUAGGCAUCGCCGCCAGCAUCGGCUCAUUCUGCAACGGCCGCCUUCUGGAUUGGAACUACCGCCGCACGGCGCGCCGGCUGGGCGUGACGGUAGACCGCAAGCGGGGCGACGACCUGCGCAACUUCCCCAUCGAGCGCGCGCGGCUACAGGGCGUCUUCUUCUCCCAAGCCGUGCAGGUGGCGGCCAUCCUACCGUACGGAUGGGCACUGGAGCGACACGCCUCUCUUGCCGUCCCGCUCAUCCUACAAUUCAUCCUGGGCCUCUGCCUGGUCGUCGCCUCCAACUCGAUCAGCACCUUACUAUCGGACAUCUACCCGGGCAACGUCUCCACCGCGUCCGCCGCUUCGAAUCUUGUCCGCUGCAUUUUGGGCGCCGUGGGCGCCGCCGUCGUGGACAACAUGCUCACCAGUCUGGGUCUGGGGUGGUGUUUCUUCCUCGUCGGCAUGCUCAUGGCCGCUGCGACUGUGCUGCUCUGGGUCGAGUUCACUUGGGGCAUGGGGUGGCGGCAGCAGCGGUGGCGGAGCAUGGAGGAGAAGAAGAAGAGGAAGCAGGCCGAGGAGGCAGAGAAGAACAAUAGCAGGCCUUGA